GAGCGGCCAGAACCCACAGAGCAGGAACGUAAUCAGGCUGAGGUCCUGAAGCAGAGUUUCCGCAAAAUUGCUGGGGAAGACAUGGAAAUCGAUGCCUACGAGCUUCAGGAUAUUCUCAAUUCUGUGUUCACCAAAGAUACUGAUGAUUGUAAAUUUGCUUUUCCCGGGUUUGGAAUUGACUGUGCCAGGAGCAUGGUGGCAAUGCAUGAUGGCGACCUUUCUGGUAAACUUGGCUACGAAGAGUUCAAGGAGCUGUGGGAUGAUCUCAGGCGAUGGAAGGGAGUGUUCAAGGAGUUUGACAGAGACAACAGCGGCAACUUAUCAUCCUAUGAGCUUAGAAAUGCACUGAACCAUGUUGGUUUCCACAUCAGUAAUGGAACGUUCAAGUCGCUGGUGAUGCGCUACAGUGAUAAGAGUGGCCAGAUCAACUUUGGUGACUUCAUCAUGUGUGCCGUCAGACUGAAGACCAUGCUGACAUCUUUCAGGGGACAUGAUCCUCAGAACACUGGCUUUGCUCCUUAUGAUAUUGACAGUUUUAUCCAAACCACGCUUUACUCGUAA